GCGUCGUGCCAGCUGCGUCCUUGGCCAGCGCGGUCCCAGGCCCAUUCAUGCCCAAUAAGUCGGUGACUUGACCGGUCAACUAGACUUUUACCAGAUCACGAACGUGGCAUGCCUCACCGGUCAGUCCGACACACUAUGGCUGGCCCCAACGAGCGAAUGGGGAAUGGACCUGCAGUGAGCACCUGUCAGACCUCUUGUCUGUAAGCCAUGCACAGGCCCAUGUGAGCACAUGUUCCAAAACCACCUUGUUUUGUUCGGUGGUCGACUCGACCGUGGCUGCGCGCCAUCUUUGGCUUCACAUACACCUCAGCACCUACCUAGGUACUUACUUAUAACCCAGGCAGUCCAUAAGACGUCUCGUCUCGUCUCGCCUCGCCUCACCUCGGCCUCGUGGUUCUCUCUGCUCCUCUCCUCCCAUCCAUGCAUCACGCUACAUGCUCAACCAUCGCCCACACCCGCAAGGAUACUUAAGUACCCAAGCAGUACCCGACGGCCUCUGAAAGCCAAGUCGCCAUCAUGUCCAAGACCAAGUCAUCGCCCUUCACAGUUCUGCACGAUGCUUCUCCUGUAUCACUAAACCCCCACCCUGCCCACAUCAUACACACAACCCGCAAACAAAAGCGCCCUCUCGAUGUUGCUGCCUUUGACAACGCAAUGGCCUGCGCCAACAGCACCGACUUCUGCAUCUGUGCCGGCACGGUGACCUUCAAAGGCUCGGGUGACAACAGGAAAGUCCUCGUCAUCCUCAACGAGAAAUACACAGAGGACCUCUGGCAGCUGCCCAAGGGCCGCAAGAACAUAGGUGAGGACGCCCUGUGCACCACCGCCAUCAGGGAGACGUACGAGGAGACGGGGUACAGGGUCCAGCUCCUGGCCAAGAACAUCCUUACCCGGGCUACCGUGGCCAAGGGCAGGCAGGUCCCCGGCCCCAUCUUCGAGGCCCAGAGCGCUGAGCCAGUCGCCAUGGUCCACUACACGGAGCCGGGCCCGGGGCUCGAGGGAGGGCCCGUCACCAAGGUCUGCUUCUUUUAUGUCGCCACUGUCAGGGAAGACGCCCUGCCCGCCAAGGACACUCAGGACACCGACGAGUUUCUCGAGCCUUUCUGGUUGACGUGUGCCGACGCAUUGGACAGACUUACCUUCGGGGCUGAGAGGAGGGCGUUGGAGAUCGCCAUGUGUUACUGGUGAAGUGCACUUGGUACAUGUGUAAUGUCAUUAUGAGCUGAUACAAGUGGGGAGUGAGCAGGGGAGUCGUGACAAGGUUCGCAAGGAUGGGAUUAGGUCAAGCAAGGACUGUUGUGGUGCCGAGGGUCGGGUUCAUAACGAGAAGAAGAUCGGAGACCUCUUAUAUUGGGAAUCCGUGCCACCAAAGUGGCGCCGUGAGCUUCAACACACGAUUCUGCUGUCAGCCUUGGAAUUCUUGACAUACAGGGGUCAAAGCUAUAAACGUCCAUUCAGAGCCGCGGAUUAACUCACUCAAAGCAAGUCAUUCUUGUGCCAGAUUUGGACGGAGCAACGCCAAAAUCAUAUUUGCAGUUCAAAGCUCACAGAUUCAUCAAAGCUGGCCUUCUCGUUUGGCUUCGCGGCCAUAAGGCUGCAAGCACUCAUUUCCAGAGUCCCACCUGAUUCUGCGGUGGGACAAGACGUAGCGCAUCUCAUACUGAGAAGUUGCUUGGGUGGUAAGCCUAUACAACUUGCAGCGUUAAGCCAAUCUUUUCCCCACAAGCCAACAGUAACUAUUUGCGUGACACAAAGAGUCUCGCCAGCAGCUUCUAUUGUUUGAAAACAUAACUCGGCCACCAAGGGACGCAUAGUGCUCAUUGUCGAAGGGCUUGACGAAGGGAAUGGCCAAAGCCAAGAUGGCGACGACAGUAAGGGUGGUCAACAGGGUGGCAAUGAUGGUGAGGGCGACCAAGUGGACGCUGGAGGUCGGAUCAUGCGAACCGGCUGGUACUUGGAAGCCUUUUAAGAGUGGCAGUGCUUCCUGUUUGAUUCCAAGGUCUCUUGAAGGCUCUGUCAUGUGCCGUCUGCUUGUCGCCACAUUUACUAAUUCAGCUGCAGAUAAUAUGUAUUACACUGCCCGGUAAGACUAUGAAAUGGAAGUCCAAGACUUUUUACUAAGAUUAUCUCCCGGCACUUCAAGAUAUGGUCACACAAUGUUUGUUCAUUGUUGAGUGACCAUUUUGAACAAUAAGGCAUAAAGGAAACAGAGGUUUCUAAGGUUCCCUCUUUUUCAUUGCUAACGCACUGGCAGUCGAUGGUAAAACAUUGGCGUGCGUCAAGUACCCCGACAUCUUGAUGGUCGAGGAGAUGCUCUUCUUUGGUUCAAGGCUGCAGCAGAGCGUAUUGUCCUCUAUUUCGCUCCCUAGCAUGCGUGACCCCACAAUUCCAAAAUAUUUUACAGAUGGAA